CGGCAGGCGGCCGGCCCUGCCCUGCCCUGCCCGCGGCCCCGGCUCCGGCCCCGGCCUCGCACCGGCACACAUGGAAGCCGCCCACCUGCCGGCCAAGGAUCAGCUGAGCCCUGGGGCUGAUGCUUGUCCACUCUGCUGAGAAUGGCACCAAGGCCCAGUCUGGCACCAGGACAAAGGUUAACCCAGGCCACUCCUGGACAGUGAUCCUGAUGUCUGUUUUGAGCUGUGCUGCCCAAGGUCAGCCGUCCCCGGUCGGCGCCAUGGCGUCCGCAGAGCCCCUGACGGCGCUGUCCCGCUGGUACCUGUACGCCAUCCACGGCUACUUCUGCGAGGUGAUGUUCACGGCGGCCUGGGAGUUCGUGGUGAACUUGAACUGGAAGUUCCCGGGGGUGACGAGCGUGUGGGCGCUGUUCAUCUACGGCACGUCCAUCCUCAUCGUGGAGCGCAUGUACCUGCGCCUGCGGCGCCGCUGCCCGCUGCUGCUGCGCUGCCUCAUCUACACGCUCUGGACCUACCUGUGGGAGUUCACCACCGGCCUCAUCCUGCGCCAGUUCAACGCCUGCCCCUGGGACUACUCGCAGUUCGACUUUGACUUCAUGGGGCUCAUCACCCUGGAGUACGCCGUGCCCUGGUUCUGCGGGGCGCUCAUCAUGGAGCAGCUCAUCAUCCGCAACACCCUCCGCCUGCGCUAUGACAAGGACGCCGAGCCCGGGGAGCCCGGCGGCCCCCUGGCCCUGGCCAACGGCCAUGUCAAGACUGACUGAGUGGGGAGCAGGCCAGGGCCCCGGGGUCUCUCGUGGAACCCAUGGAUGAGAGACCGAGCUGGUGGGGCUGCCUCCUGGGUCCAGCACAGGCCCUGCCGCGCCCGGGCCUCGGCCCUGCAGGGCGCGCACGAGCCUCAUGCCC